GCAUCGGCCGCUCCUGGCACAAUGGAUGAUGCCACGGUCCUAAGGAAGAAGGGUUACAUCGUGGGAAUCAACCUGGGCAAAGGCUCUUAUGCAAAAGUGAAAUCUGCCUAUUCAGAGCGCCUCAAGUUCAACGUGGCAGUCAAGAUCAUCGACCGCAAGAAAACGCCCAGUGACUUUGUGGAGAGAUUCCUUCCUCGGGAGAUGGACAUCCUGGCCACUGUCAACCACCGCUCCAUCAUCAAGACGUACGAGAUCUUCGAAACCUCAGAUGGGCGAAUCUACAUUGUCAUGGAGCUUGGGGUCCAGGGUGACCUCCUCGAAUUCAUCAAGUGCCGGGGAGCCCUGCACGAGGACGUGGCACGCAAGAUGUUCCACCAGCUCUCCUCGGCUGUCAAGUACUGCCACGACCUGGAUGUCGUCCACCGAGACCUCAAGUGCGAGAACCUCCUGCUCGACAAGGACUUCAACAUCAAGCUGUCCGACUUUGGCUUCUCCAAGCGCUGUCUGCGGGACGGCAGUGGGCGCAUAGUUCUCAGCAAAACCUUCUGUGGGUCGGCAGCCUACGCGGCUCCGGAGGUGCUGCAGGGCAUCCCCUACCAGCCCAAGGUGUACGACAUCUGGAGCCUGGGCGUGAUCCUCUACAUCAUGGUCUGUGGCUCCAUGCCCUACGACGACUCCGACAUCAAAAAGAUGCUGCGCAUCCAGAAGGAGCACCGUGUGGAUUUCCCGCGCUCCAAGAACCUGACGGGUGAGUGCAAGGACCUCAUCUACCGCAUCCUGCAGCCCGACGUCAGCCGGAGGCUGCACAUUGACGAGAUCCUCAGCCACUCGUGGCUGCAGCCCCCCAAGCCCAAAGCCUUGUCUUCUGCCUCUUUUAAGAGGGAGGGGGAGGGCAAGUAUCGGGCUGAGUGCAAGUUGGACACUCGUCCGGGAUCAAGACCUGACCAUCGGCCUGACCACAAACUAGGGGCCAAAAUCCAGCAUCGGCUGCUGGUGAUGCCCGAGAAUGAAGACAAGGUGGAAGACAGGCUGGCCGAGACUUCUAGAGCUAAAGACCAUCAUGUCUCUGGAGUUGAGGUGGGGAAGGCAAGCACCUAA